AGGUCUUAUAUCUGGAUCUACAAUGGACUGGUUCCAGAAGUGGCCUAAAGAAGCACUCAUAGAAGUAGCACAUCACUUUUUAUGGGAAUUCGCGGUAGUGUGUUCGCCAGACACGAAACAACAUUUAAUUGAAAUAAUGGGAAUAGUACAGGAUAAUGUAGCAGAUACUUGUGUACAGUAUUAUGAUCGCUUUAGGAGGCAGACUCAUGUCACCCCUAAGUCAUAUUUAUCUUUCCUGGAAGGCUAUAAAGUGCUAUAUAAAGAAAAACAUGAAAGCAUUGCAGAAAUGGCAAGAAGAAUGACAACUGGACUUUCCAAAUUAGUGGAGGCAGCAGCCAGUGUUGAUAUUUUAAAGAAAGAGUUGGAAAUAAAAGAACUUGAAAUUAAAAAGCUACAGAGAGAGCAGAAGAGUCUAAUUGCAGAAGCAUCACAGGUGCUGGCAGCUGUAGCAGACUCGCAGGCAGCUGCCGAGAUUGUGAAAGCCGAAGUGCUGGAGGUGAAGGAUCGCGCCGUCAAACUCGUCAACGUCAUCGCAGCGGAGACCGCCGUCGCUGAGGAAAAGCUGGCGGAUGCAAAGCCGGCGCUUGACGCUGCUGAGGCUGCACUGCAGACCAUCAAUGCUGCUGAUAUUGCUACCGUCAGGAAACUGGGCAAGCCUCCUCACCUCAUCACGCUCAUUAUGGACGCUGUCAUUAUUCUGUUUAGAAAGCGUAUCGAUUCUAUUAAACCAGAUCCUGAGAAACAAUGCUUAACAGCUUCUUGGGCUGAGUCUCUAAAGGUGAUGGCGGAUGCCAGAUUUUUGAGCAAUUUGAAGAAUUAUCCAAAAGAUGAAAUAAAUGCAGAAAUGGUUGAUUUACUACAACCUUAUUUCUCAUAUCCUCAGUAUACUUUUGAAGCAGCAAAAAUAGCUUGUGGUAACGUUGCUGGCUUAAUUUCAUGGACUAUCGCCAUGGCGCAGUUUUAUUCGGUGAAUAAGGACGUGCUGCCAUUAAAAGCGAACCUAGCAGUGAUGCAGGGCAAGUAUCAAGCCGCUAAGAGGGAACUAGAAGCAGCCCAGGCACAACUCGAAGCCAAAGAGCGAGAGUUGGCGCACGUUCAGAAGCAGUUCGACGACGCGAUGACGUUGAAGCAGGCUGUGCUGGACGAUGCAGCCAAGUGCCAACAGAAGAUGGACGCUGCUACAGCUCUCAUUAACGGUCUCAGCGGGGAGCGCAUCCGCUGGACAGAGCAAUCAGCUCUCUUUAAGUCUGAGAUUGAGCGUUUGGUCGGCGACAUACUGCUGCUUACUGGAUUUUUAUCUUAUUCUGGACCGUUUAACCAAGAGUUUCGAACCUUACUGACAAGCAGCUGGCUUAGUGAACUGUUGCGCAGAAAGAUUCCUGUAUCUAUGAAUUUGAAUAUAACAAACCAGUUGACUGACACAGCUACGAUUGGAGAAUGGAAUUUGUGUGGCUUGCCAACUGACGAAUUAUCGAUACAAAAUGGUAUUAUUGUGACAAAAGCUGCUCGCUAUCCGUUGCUAAUCGAUCCACAAAUCCAGGGAAAGAUCUGGAUCAAGAAUACUGAGAAACACAAUGACUUGAUUGUUACGACCCUAAAUCACAAGUAUUUCAGGAAUCACAUAGAAGACUGUGUAUCGUUAGGUAGACCUAUGUUGAUCGAAGACGUAUUUGAAGAGUUGGACCCGGUUAAAUUGGGAGACAAAGAAAUAGACGUAACAGCAGGCCACAGAAUAUACAUAACUACGAAACUACCUAAUCCCGCCUAUACGCCUGAGAUUUCGGCUAGAACUUCAAUAAUAGACUUUACUGUCACAAUGCAAGGUCUAGAGGAUCAGCUACUUGGUCGAGUGAUCUUAACAGAAAAGGCUGAGAUGGAAGCGGAAAGAACUCAACUGAUUAUGGACGUGACGGCCAACCGACGUAAGAUGCAGGAACUGGAAGCUAAUUUGCUGCAUAAACUGACCACUAUACAAGGCUCGCUUGUAGAAGAUGUGUCACUCAUUCAAGUAUUGAAUGUCACCAAAGCGACUGCCACUGAUGUAAAGGAAAAGCUGGAUAUAGCAAAAGAGACAGAGAUGAAGAUAAACUUGGCUCGCGAGGAGUACCGGCCCGUGGCCACACGUGGUGCAGCGUUGGAUUUAAAUGCCUGCCCUCCAAAACCAUUUAAGUGGGUAACAGAUAUGUCAUGGCUGAACUUGGUCCAGCUAUCCGGUUUGCGUCAGUUUACGAAUAUACUGAAUCAAGUAACUAAUAAUGAAAAGGGUUGGAAAGCUUGGUUUGAUAAGGAAGCGCCAGAAGAAGAGCCUUUACCAGACGGUUACAACACUCUAGACGUGUUCAGAAAGUUGCUGGUAGUGCGCGCGUGGUGUCCUGACAGGACUCUAGCACAAAGUUUGAAGUAUGUCGUAAAUUCCAUGGGUGCUCGGUACUCUGAAGCAGUUAUAGUCAAUUAUGAGAAUAUGGUAUUAGAAUCUCGUCCACUUGUUCCUCUUAUUGGUUUUUUGGCCAUGGGCUCUGAUCCAACACCUUCUAUCGAGAUAACUGCUAAGCGCAUGGAGAAUAUUUGUUCAUCUAUAUCUAUGGGUCAAGGUCAAGAGAUUCAUGCAAGAAAACUAAUAGAUCGUGGAUUAAAAGAGGGAUUGUGGGUGUUAUUGCAAAACUGUCACUUAGGGUUAGAAUAUAUGGUGGAGAUCAUGGAACAAUUUGGUGAACUCGAAAAAGAGCCAGAAGCAAUACAUGAAUGCUUUAGACUGUGGAUCACGACGGAAGUUCAUGAAAAAUUUCCAAUUACUCUUCUGCAAAUGUCUAUUAAGUAUACGUGUGAACCACCAUCCGGAAUAAAAGCUGGUCUCAUGAGGACUUAUGAUGCGAUGAGUCAGGACUUCCUUGACUACAGUGACAGUCCCUUCUAUUUACCGUUGAUCUACACCAUCUCAUUCUUACACACGGUGGUGCAAGAGAGAGGAAGUUCGGACCUCUCGGAUGGAAUAUUCCAUAUGAAUUUAAUUCUUCUGACUGGAUGUCCUCUUGUAUAUUUUUAUAUGGUGUCUGCGGUGGAAUACGGCGGAAGAGUUACGGACGACUACGACAACCGGCUACUUUGCACUUUCUGUAAAGUCUGGUUCUCAGACCAAAUAUUUACAGACGAAUUUCAGUUCUACAAGGGAUAUGGCAUUCUUAAAUAUAAGAAUAUACCCGAGUAUCUGGAAGUUAUUGAGACAAUGAAAACUGUGGAUCCGCCUCAAGCUUACGGCUUGCACACCAAUGCGGAUAUCACGUAUCAGCGCAAUACUACUCAAGAACUAUUAGAUACGAUACUAUCGAUUCAACCCAAAGAGUCAGGUGGAGGAGGUGGAGAAACUCGUGAAGCUUCAGUUUAUAGGCAAUCUAAAGAGAUGCUUGAGAAAGUUCCCGUUAACUUUGACCCCAUGAAAUUGAGAUUAUACGGUAUAAUAAAUCCUAUGGUGAUAUUUUUGAGACAAGAAAUCGACCGCAUGCAGAAAGUAAUUACGCUUGUCAGAACUACUUUGAAAGACUUAUUGCUCGCAAUUGAUGGAACAAUAAUUAUGAAUGAGGCUCUUCGAGAUUCUUUAGACAAUAUCUAUGAUGCUAAAGUUCCUCAAAUCUGGAUUUUUGACCGCCAUGCGUCAGGAAGUAACUCGAGCCCACAAAGGCUGGGCGCUCGACAUGGUCACUUACACAACGAUGUUACUAAAUUUGCACUGGAGGAAAUAAAAGCGCCGCCUCUGGAAGGUGUGUUUAUACAUGGUGUAUACCUAGAAGGCGCAGCUUGGGAUCGUCGCAACAUGCGUCUAUGUGAGUCUGCUCUAAAAGUAGUAUACGCAGUGCUACCGGUAAUACACGUAUACGCAAUCAACUCCGCGGCACCCAAGGACCCCAAACUUUACCAGUGUCCGGUGUACAAAAAGCCAGUGCGGACCGGCUUAACUUUUAUCACUCCGCUUUGGCUGCCCACCGUCAAGAGCCCCGAGCACUGGAUUCUAAGAGGAGUCGCCAUGCUUUGCGACAUUAAGUAACAUCGAAUAGAAUUUACAUUUAUAGGACUUCGAACGUUUUUAGGAGAACAUCAGCGGCGAUUAUAACUAUUUACUUCUCAGCCUUUCCACAUUAAUCAGGAGGUGGUAGGUAGGUACUGCAGUUGAAGUAUUUUGACUUUAUUUAUUUUUAUAGUUUUGAUCAUGGAGUAUUUGGUGAAAUAAAUCAAAAUUAUUAUGAUAUUCGUGUAUAAUUUCAAAAGCAUUGAGGUAUUGCAAUUUAUUUACAUUAAAUGUAAGACAAUACUGUGGAUGAAUUUAUGGAUGGAUUACAUAACAGAUGCUGCUCGAACUCUAAAGGCUAUCAUACCUAUUUCAUGUUAAUUUUUUUGUGAUUUGAAAUUUAAACUUGAUUUAUGUCAUUCAGAUAUUAGGCCGUAUUCAUGGACAUUACAAUGGACGGAGUAAAUUCGCUGAAUAUUUUAUAUAUCAUCACAUGGAAGUAGUAAAUCGGCAGUGGGAAUUAUUCUAAGAUAUCUCCUGAUAUAAAUCAAUUUCAUCGUUUUCGUCGUCUAGGAUGGUCAGUCGUCCGAGAGCGAACGGCGCGUGUCGGCGCCGCACAUCGUAUUAUCUAGGUUUAGAGAAAUCUGUUCGAUGUUUCCUCGCUAACUCUAAAGCUUUGGCAGUAAUAUAGGUACACACAUCAUUAUUUAAAUAUCAGUCUGAUUGCCUUUUUAAUUGUCAUGUGGUGUUGUUAAGGAAGUCUAGUCUUCAUUGAUAGAUAACAUCGUAACAAAAUGUUCUAUGACUACUAGUAUAUACAAGUUACAGUAAAUAACGAGAUCUAGCAUUCCUAACAUACUUUAACAAUACCUAUCAUAUAACAGACUACAACGAAAAUAUAACAGUAGCUACAGCUAUACAUACAGUCUUAUUUUACAAAGCUAAGAAAAUUUAGCGUAAGUAAUAGAAGUAAAGUGGCAUAAUGAGGCUAAUAGAACAAGAGUGACCAGUUGAUUAUUGAAUUAUAUUCAAAUUAGUACCUAGAUACCUCAACAACAGUACUAUUUAUGUACUAGACCGUGGUUCAAAUGAAUAACCAAGCAGUUUUCGAGUAGCCCCAUUUUACCAUUUUAUUCCAUAAGAAUAUUUAUAAAGGUGAUAUUAUUACAAUACAAUAUCAGCCUAUUUAUAUUCGUGACACAAUAACAAUAUUGUUAACUUUUAAUAGAUAGAUAAUAAUUAUUAUUUAAUACCGGAGACACUUGAAAUGAACGAAGUAUCUGUGAAACAUUUUCCUGAAGUUGCCUUUGGCUAUAAUGAAUAACGUGUAAUAUUAUUGCACUCGAUAACACCAUUGUCUCUUUGGGAUACAACUAUGUAGGUAGUAUUAUUCCCGUUUCACGUCGCCGCGGAAAUUGCCGAGAGGUUCCACAGAUCUCGACCUAGGUGCU